AUGGAAAGCACCAGCGACUUGCUCGGCAGAGCAGACAACACGGGUGGCUGCUGGCUACUGGGCGUCUGGCAUGGGAAGGGCUCGUCGCUUGAAGUGGAGGAUGACAGCGCAGAACAGGACGCGACAACGCCAUCCAUCACUCUUUCCUCUGCGACUCCCAAAGGCAACAAGACCAGCAGGCUGCACAGAGGCACCCGCAAUGAUAGGACUCCUUCGCCAGACCUGACGGGACCCACCAGGGACGGCUUUGAUAGCCCCUCACUACCUAAAAGUCCGCCACUUGUUAGCGUCUCCGCUCUCAGUGCGCGCAACUCAGAUUCUUUGUGGCAGCAAGACUUCCAGAGCGACUUCCAAUCUCGCAUCUGGUGCACCUACCGUAGUCACUUCCGCAUGGGCAUACCUGGUCUUUGGCAUAGGGCAACUGCCGUUGCGCAGGCCGCCGGACUUGCUGGCAGAUCUGGUCUCACAACGGAUGCAGGCUGGGGCUGUAUGCUCCGCACAGGGCAGAGCUUGCUCGCAAAUGCUCUUGUCCAUGUCACCUUUGGGCGAAAUUGGAGGAGACCACAAUCUGCCGCUGAUUUGGACGAGGACGCUGAGCGAAGACGAGAAUACGCGCGCUACAUCCGAAUCUUGACUUGGUUCAUGGACGACCCGAGCCCAGCUUGUCCCUUCUCCGUUCAUCGAAUGGCAAGGGAAGGGAAGUCUCUUGGAAAAGAGGUCGGCGAGUGGUUCGGACCAAGUACGGCGGCGGGUGCAAUCAAGCGCCUGGUGGACGAGUGCGCUGAAGCAAAACUCGGGGUCGUUGUGGCGACGGAUGGAGAAAUUUAUCUCAGUCACAUCAAGGCGGCAUCUCGGAUACGAGGCAAAAAGAACACAUGGGAGAGGCCUGUGCUGAUUCUGAUUGGCGUCCGCCUUGGUCUGUCUGGAGUCAACCCAACUUACUAUGAGUCGAUCAAAACUACGUUUGCAUUUCCACACACUGCAGGUAUUGCAGGCGGUCGGCCCUCUUCAUCCUACUACUUUGUCGGCGUGCAGGACUCGUCUCUUCUCUACCUCGACCCUCAUCAUGUGCGACCAUCGGUGCCUUUUCGCUUCCCCCCACCGUCCCUCUCGGGCGCUGAGCUGGAUAAAUGGCUGUGCCGAGCAUACAGCGAAGCACAAAUUGGCACAUUCCACUGCGAUCGGGUGCGGCGGAUGCCCUUGCGCUCUCUCGACCCAUCCAUGCUCCUCGGCUUUAUCUGCACUGAUGAGCAGUCUCUGGAGGACUUUUGCAGCCGCGUCAAGGCGCUGCCGAAGACGCUGUUUUCGAUCGCGGAGAACCCGCCGAAAUGGGCGCAGCAGGUGGAUGAUCUGGAGCUUGCCAUGGAGAGUUUCUCGGACGACAGCUUUGAUGCAGACGUAGAAGAAGAGCACGGUCAGGACAGCUUGCUGCUUGAGAAGGAUGACCAGAACCAGGAGGCCAGAGUAGUCAUCGGGCAGAAUGGAAAGGGAGAAGAACAGAAGGAACGCGCCGGUACUGCUGCACACGAGCGCAUUUCGAGCUGGACUCAUGAAGCUGCCACUCGCCAGCCUUUUCCACAAGCCCUUAAGAAAGACAUCAGCAGCGAGGGCAACAGCAACAGCGACAGCAGCUUGGGGCUCGGCGUCCGCUUCCCAACCAUGUCGGAGCGGGAACGCGGCAGCGACGAAGACAGAGGAGAGGAACUUGACGGCGUAGAAAGCCGAAGCACCCGCCUUCGGCCGACCACUGACCGCAUCACUUCGAGUGCAUCCGGCACUUCCGACCUCACUGAGCGCGAGCGCUCGGACAGCGCUGCACAGCGGAUCCCGCUCAAGUACCUUGUGCACGCCCAGUCGCACAGCCCAUCUUUCAGGCGGUCGCGCGUGCAAUCGCGACCCUCCGCAUUUACAUCAACAUCAGUAUCAGUAUCAGUGCCAGCAGCAGAAGCUGGAGCUGAGGGGGCAGCCAAAGUAGACGAAAGCGGCAUCGACGAAAGCUUCUCCACGCUGGACUUUUCCGAUGCUGAUGAUAGCAGCGGCAGCACGACGGGCGUGGAUCGAUGGGAGCAAAUACCCCGAACGAGUCACCGUCGAGCUCCCGAACCUCGACCAGACGAUUGUCAAACAGAAUCAGAAGUACUUGGUCGUACUCCAUCAUUGUACUCGCAUACAUUAUACCCGCAGCAGCAGCGGCAGCAGCAGCGCGACGCUGCGCCAUUGCCACCGUCAACACCAGAAGGGAACGACGAGGAGCACCAUGAGGUGGAGAAAAACGACACUCAGUUUGUCCACCGCACUGCACAUGCGCUCUAAACGUCAUCAGACAAUGCUUUGACAAUUUGCAUAUCGUGUCCGCUGCUCCGUAAAAGCGUACCGAGUAUUCCUUCUGCGCCUGCCUUCCUUCUACUCCUCCCUGCGGCGCUCAUUUACGACGGCCAGCCGCACCGACAGCGCACCAGUACACCCAGUCUUCCAUCUUUCCUACCCGCAUGCACAGUCGUCCAUGUUACAUGUUUGAAUUGGCCCUCAUCAGAACCCAUCCACUGUUGGUCCCCGGACGUGUUGUAUCAUAUCAAGUCUUACUAGAUGACGAUGGUGAGCAGACAGAAGAACGCGGUGCUCACUUGAU